AAAAAACCAAUAAAUUUUGAUUCUGCUGUUGUUUGUUCAUUGCAUUUUACAAAUGAUAAUUAUCUGGACAUUGAAGAACCAUUUGAUCAAAUAGAGGGAGAAUGCGUAGAAUUUGUGGCAGGUUAUGUAGCUAAUCGGUUCUCAAAUAAAUAUCCAGAUUUGAUAGAUUUAGUUGCAGGAGAAAAAAAGUGUUGGACUAAUCAUAUAUCAAGAGGCCAAUUAAAAAUUCCAUCAGACAACCUUCUCAGGCAGUAAAACUAUCUUUUCAUAUUUCUGCUGAUUUUCACAUAUUAUCAGACAUCCCACAAGGAUCACACUUAGGACCACUACCAUUAAUAUGCAUAUUCGGCGAUAAAAAAGGUAUUCCAAUAUACGCAGCAAAACGUUUACAACGAUGGGCAUAUGGUUUAUCAUCAUUUAACUUUGAUAAUAAGUACAUUAAUUCGGACAAAAAUUAAGCUGAUUUUCAUUCGACAAUUAAAAUCGAUUAUAAUAAUAGCAAUCACGAGAACGAUAACGAUAAUUAAAAUUUUAUUCAUGAAAAUUCAUGAAAAUGAAAAUUUUAUAAGGAAAGAGGUGUUACGUAUCUAUAAAUAUUAAAUAAAUUAG